AUGUCCAUCCACGCUGUCAAGCGCGCCCAGUGCCACGUUGCCAUCCCGCCCGUCCUGCACGUCGCCUCCGGGGACACCGUCUCCUUCGACUGCCUCGACGCGUCCAACGGCCAGCUCACGCCCACAUCGGACCUCGCGGCGCUCGCGGCCCUCGACUUUGCACGCCUGGACCAGGUGAACGGCCCUGUGCACAUCGCGGGCGCACGCCCUGGCGACACGCUCCGCGUCGACGUGCUGGACGUGCGCGCGGCAGACUGGGGCUGGACCGCGCUCAUCCCCGGCUUCGGCCUGCUCGCGGACGAGUUCCCCGCGCCCGCGCUGAAGCUGUGGACGCUUCCGGGCGCGGAGGGCGGGGCGGGGCGGGCCUACGCGUGGUUCGAUGAGGCGCGCGGGAUACGCGUCCCGCUGUGGCCGUUUGCGGGCGAGAUGGGGGUCGCGCCGGCGCAGCGCGGGGCGUUCUCGACGAUCCCGCCGUACAGGACCGGCGGGAACAUCGACACGAGGCACGUCACGGCCGGCGCGACGCUCUUCCUGCCCGUGGAGGUCGAGGGCGCGCUGUUCUCCAUCGGGGAUGGGCAUGCCGCGCAGGGCGAUGGAGAGGUCUGUGGCACGGCGAUCGAAACGCCCAUGAAGGUCACGGUGCGCCUGACGGUCGUGCAGGACACGCCGUAUGUCCAGACACCGCAUUUCACCACGCCGUCCGCCGGUAGCCCUGCGGAUGGCGGCGAAUGCUAUUGUACCACCGGCGUCGAUCCUGAUAUCCGCGAGGCGACGCGUGCGGCGGUGCGCGGCAUGAUCGCGUACCUGGGCGCGACGCACGGCCUGAGCAGGACCGACGCGUACAUGCUGUGCAGCGUCGCGGGCGAUCUGCGGAUGCACGAGGUGGUCGACAUGCCAAACUAUGUGAUUGGCAUGAUGAUGCCGAAGAGCAUUUUCACAAAGGCAUAG